AGACUCGAGAGGAGGCUUUGAAUGGACCAAAUGGGGAGAAGUGGAAGGCGAGUGAGGAUGAGCUGACCCGCUACAAGUCUAGGCUUGUGGCACGGGGGUUUCAGCAGACAAAGGGGAAGGACUAUGAUGAGGUGUUUGCUUCUGUGGGGAAAGGAACAACACUGAGGGUGCUGUUGGCGAUAGCUGCACUCCUGGGAUGGAAGAUACGACAGAUGGACAUUGUGACUGCCUUUCUUAAUGGGAUCAUUCUGGAGGAGGUGUACAUGAAGCAGCCAGAGGGGCUGGAUGAUGGGAGCGGCAGGGAGAAGGAUGAAAUCCUCAUGCUCUUGGUGUAUGUGGAUGAUAUCCUUCUCUUUUCUGCAUCCACUGCUUUGCUGGACAGCGCAGAGCAGAUGCUGGAGAUGCAGUUCAAGUGCUCCAAGAUGGGUGAGAUGAAGUACUACUUGGGGAUGCACGUGGAGAGAGAUGUGGAAAAGGGUGUGCUGAGGUUGCACCAGAGGAAGUACUGUGAGGGACUGGCUGAGAAGUAUGGGCUGCAAGAUGGGGGAAAGCCAGCAACACCACUACCUUCAGGGUUUACUGUGGAGCCAUGUGCUGAUGAGGAGGUAGUGGUGGGAUUGGAGUACAGUGGAGUGAGGCAGCGGUUGCAGAGAGGUGCUGCAGAUGUGAAGAGUGGAGAGAUGCUCUUGAGUUGCUAUACUGAUGCUAGCUUCAACUCAGUGAAAGCGGAUGGCACCAGCAUUGGGGGUUAUGUGUGCUUGCUAGGAGGUGGUGCUGUGAGUUGGCGCAGCAAGAAGCACAAUGAGGUGGGAUUGUCCUCAUGUGAGACUGAGUACAUGGCCUUACACCAUGGGGCCAAGGAAGUAGUGUGGCUAAGGCGUUUGUUGGAGGAGUUGGGAGUUGGUCAGGAGAAGCCGACAGUUGUGUUUUGUGACAAUGAGUCCGCUGUGAAGCUCGCCAAGAAUGCUUGUCUGCAUGGGCUGACAAAACACAUAAGGCCUAAGUGGCAUUGGGUGAGGAGACUCCUUGAUAAGGAGGUGCAGCUGGAGAUAGUGAAGACCCAUCAGCAGGCAGCAGAUAUUUUCACCAAGCGUCUGGCGGAGGCGGAUCAUUGGAAGGGCAUGAAGCUUGCUGGGAUGAGUGUGCAUUGAGUAUGCAUGCUUGAGAUGUUGGUAUGGUGGUUGAUGGUUGGCAGCCAGAGGGGGAGAUUGUUGUGUGAUGUCAUCAUAUGCUAUCACAUUCUGUCUGCCUCUCAUCUCUUGUUUCAAUUCGCAUGUGUGGUUUGAACGUGUGAAAGAAUUUGUGUGGUGUGUUCUGGAGUUUGGGAAUGUGUUUUGUGUUAUUUUUUGUUUGAGCAGGUAUUUCUGAUGAUAGAUCUUGAGAAGAUCUUUCCGACGCAACAAGAAUCGCUUCAAUCGGAGCAAGAACGCGAAAGCUAUGAAGAUUCAAAGUUCAUGAGCUUGCGUUACAAUUGCGGCGGUUACAAAGUGAAGUUGUGGGGUGACUUUAUAUGGAGUUGGGACCUUUGGGGGUUGGAGAAAUUUGUCACUCUACUGUAACAGCUGCAAAUUGGUUGGGAACAACCAAGCUAGGUUGGCAAGGGUGGCCAACUUGGUUGGAUUGGUUGGGAAGGGACAAAUGUCAAAAUUGGGGUUCCUAUAGGGAGGGAAUCUUUGUGUUUAUGGGGUUUCCUUGGUUGGGGACUCUCUUGGGACCUUCCCUCUCGUCCCUCUCUUUCUAUCCCAACCUUUCUCUUGCUCCUCUAAUUCCUUGUGAGAUUCUUGAACUUUGAUUGAACUCUUGAGAUUGAGUUAAGUUCUCCUCCUACAGCUUACCCCCUAGUGCGUCGAAAGCCAUAGCGUCGCCAAUACUUCAUU